AUGGAUAUUGUAGAAGUCCGUAAAGUUCAUAAAGACCUUCAAAAAGCCUUUCAAGAUCGAAAUCAAAUGGUUAUUGUAGAUAUAUUGAAUCUUUUAAAGAAGGAAGUUAUUGUUUCAGAGUCUCUUCUUAUUGAUACUAAGUUAGGAAUUACAGUUGGAAAAUUAAGAAAUUAUUCAGAGAAAUAUGUAGCAGAUCUAGCUAAAGAGAUUGUUAAGAAGUGGAAAGAAGAUAUGAGUGCCAUGAAGAGUGGGAAGAAAGUGUCUUUGGCAGAAAAUAAAACAGAUACACCAAUAACAACAUCUGAAUUAUCAACACCAAAUACUUUUGAAAAAACAAGGGAUUCAACAACAGAUUGUAUUGAAAAGAAUAUUACGGGGGAUAAAGUUAGGGAUAAUUGUGUUCAUCUUAUUUACAAUGCAUUAGUAUAUGGUUCUGAAGAAUCAAGUGCAACUAUUCUUUCGAAAGCAAAAGCUAUUGAUGAAUAUGUUUUUAAUUCAUGUUUGUGUAAAACAGAUGGUUCUUAUAGACAGAAAAUGAGGUCUUUGUUUUUAAAUUUAAAGGAUAAGAAUAAUCCUACUCUACGUCAAAAUGUUGUUAGUGGUGAGCUUAGUAUACCACGAUUUUGUACCAUGACGCCUCAAGAAAUGGCAUCAAAAGAGCGAAGAGAGGAAGACAAAAAGAUUGAAGAAAUGAAUCUUUUUAAUGCUCAAGGCGCUAAACCAAUUAAGGCUAUAACAGAUUUAUUUCAGUGUGGAAAAUGUAAACAACGAAAAGUUUCUUAUUAUCAGGUAUUUACUAAAAAUUCUGAUUGGGAUAUACGCUACAUAUUUUACAGAUGCAAACUCGAAGUGCAGAUGAACCAAUGACUACAUUUUGCGAAUGUCAAGUUUGUAAGGAUGUUUGUGAACAAAUAUAUAUUUCCUAAUAUAUUUAAGGUGGCAAUCGAUGGAAGUUUUCAUAACAUUAUAUUAGGGUGUU